AUGCCGAGAGUACGUGCAAGAAAGACUUCGAGGGGGCAGGUUGAUUUAUCGAGAUACAAAGACGCCUAUGAGGAGGUAAAAGCAGGAGAUUCUUUGCGAAAGGCGGCAGAGAAACAUGGAGUGAACCACUGUUCGCUUCUAAGAUAUAUACGAAAGCGAGAUGCAUCCGGCAACGAAGAAAAUCAAGACAUGGGGUAUAAAGCUCACAACCGUGUUUUUAAUGAAGAGCAAGAGCGAAAGCUUUCUAAAUAUUUGAUUCGAUGUGCAGAUAUAUAUUUCGGCCUAUCUAAGAAGGACGUGAGAAAAUUGGCAUACGAACUAACAAUCAAGUAUAACUUAUCACGACCUCGAACUUGGGAUGACAACGAGAUGGCUAGUGAAGAAUGGUUUCAGAUGUUUAUGAAAAGAAACCAUGAACUGUCUGUACGUGCAGCGCAAGCUACAAGCCUUUCAAGGGCUACUAGCUUUAACAAAAGCAACGUAGACGCUUUCUACGACAAUUUGACCAUUGUCAUGGACCGUUAUAAGUUUGAGCCACAAGAUAUAUAUAAUACUGAUGAAACAGGCAUAACGACAGUCCAAAAGCCAGACAGAAUGGUAGCUAGACGUGGUGCUCGUCAAGUAGGGUCAGUAACUUCAGCAGAAAGAGGUACAUUAGUCACAUUAGCCUUUGCGGCUAAUGCCAUUGGGAAUGUAAUUCCUCCAUUCUUCGUCUUCCCGCGAGUGCGUUACCAAGAUCAUUUUAUCAGGGAUGGACCAGUAGGAUCUGUUGGAACUGCAAACCCCUCUGGCUGGAUGCAGGAUAAAACAUUUAUACAUUUCCUGGAACACUUCAAAAAUCAUACAAUUGUAUCUCCUUCACAUAAAGUGUUACUUGUGCUCGAUAACCACUCAUCACAUAUUCAUAUCAACGCACUGGACUUUUGCAAGAAAAAUGGCAUUGUCUUACUAUCUUUCCCUCCCCACUGCUCUCACAGAGUCCCACCGCUUGAUCGAUCUGUGUACGGCCCUCUGAAGAAAGCUGUAAAUUCGACCUAUGAUGCAUGGAUGCGAAGCCACCCAGGAAAGACAAUGUCAAUUUAUGACAUUCCAGGGAUUGUAGCAUCUGUUAUGCCGCUUGCUCUUACACAAUCAAACAUUCAAGCUGGCUUUCGCAAAACUGGAAUUUAUCCAUAUAAUCGGGAUUUAUUUACUGAGCUCGAUUUUGCUCCUGCAUUUGUGACGGAUAGACCAAACCCCGAAAAUUCAACAAAGGCAGAGGUUGUUCCUAUUCGAAAUAUUAAUACACCCGAAAAUGAAGCGCCACCACUAUCGCCUCCUAUUAUUAACGAACCACCAGUAGAGUCGGUGGAGCCCUUUAAUAUACAUGCAGCUCGUGUUACUCAACAACAGGCUAUGAAUAUUCGACAGCAGUCACUAGUCCCAGGAACUAAACAAGAAAACAUUAUUCUAGGUUCGGAAACUUUGACUACACCACCCAGACGUGAUAGCAGUGUUAGUAUUCAGCAAAUUUCGCCCAAACCCUCUACAAGUGCUCAACCAAUUCCUCCGUUGACACAUCGACCUGAAAAUGUAGCGUCUCCUAGUGCUCCACUUGUAUUUACGCCGGAAGCAGUGCGACCAUUACCGAAAGCUCCUCCGAGGAAAACAAACAGAGGGCGGAAAACCAGGAAAUCUACAAUUUACACUGAUACACCAGAGAAAGAAAAGAUAAGAAAGGAGCAUGAAAACAGAUUGAAACGGACCAAAGCUAAGCAAUUUAAGAAAAGAUUGGAUGGAGGUGAGACUGAAAGAAAAACCACAAAAAGGAAGAAGACUAAUACGCAAUAG